ACAUAUUAAUGAAGACAAGAGAAAAACGGAGGCACAAAGGCAAUUCUUUGAUGUGGUCUAUGAAGUUGAUGGAUGUCCAGCCAAUCUCUUGUCCUCUCAUCGAAGCUUAGUUCAGCGUUUGGAAACCGUAGCACUUGGUGAUGACCUCUGUGAUCUCUUUCUGUUCAAUGAUUGUCUAGAGAUUGCGAGGAAACGGCAUAAAGUUAUCGGUGCUUUCAAGAGUCCGCAUGGUCACACGAGGCCGCCUGCAUCUCUCAAGCAUGUUGUUCUUAUGCCUCUCUCCCAGAUCAAGAAAGUCCUAGACAUCAGGGAGACAGAAGAUUGCCAUAAAGCUUUUGCCUUAGUUGUGCGGCCACCUACAGAGCUGAACAACAAGCUACUCAGUUUCCAGAUGACAACUGAAGAACCUCCUAAGGAAGAUUGGUUGAAGAUGUUGUGUCGACAUGUGGCUAACACUAUUUGUAAAGCAGAUGCAGCUAUUCCUUCUCCUUCCUUGGCGAGUCUUCCCUCAAUCUUUGAAAAAAGGAGUCAUACAUUAAGUCGAUCAACAACUCACUUGAUAUGA